UGCAUAACAUCGUUUACAGCUAUUGUAAGUGUUGGGGAAUAUUUCCAUCUUCAAGUGAAGAAGUGUUUGUAAACAGGUUUAACAUCUGAAGUCUCCAUUAUAUAAACAGUAAAUAUGGAGUUUAUUAAAGAGGAGAGUGAGAACAUGAGUGAUCCAGAACACUGCAGAAUUAAAAAUGAAGAUACUGAAGAACAAACAGGCCUGUUGGAACUAAAUGAAGUGGAGGAGAAAAAACAUCAUUUCACAACUGGAGAAAAAUCUUUCAGUUGCUCACAGACUGAAAAACAUUCUUUCACCUGCCCUCAAUGUGGAAAGAGUUUCAAAGAAAAAGGAGCUCUUACUAAACACACGAGAAUUCACACCGGAGAAAGGCCUUUCACAUGCACUGAGUGUGGAAAGAGCUUCACAUAUCAGACAAACUUUAAGAAUCAUGUUAGAAUUCACACUGGAGAGAAGCCUUUUUCAUGCCCUCAGUGUGGAAAAAGUUUCUCACGUAAAGAACAUCUUCAGAUCCACAUACGAUUCCACAUUGGUGAGAAGCCUUUCACAUGUCCUCAGUGUGGAAAUAGUUUCAUAAAUAAAGGAGAUCUUAAUAGACACAUGAGAAUCCACACUGGAGAGAAGCCUUUUACAUGCACUCAGUGUGGAAAGAGCUUUAAAUGUAAAACAGGCCUUAAAAACCACACGAGAAUUCACACAGAAAAGAAGCCUUUUACUUGUCCUCAGUGUGAAAAGAGUUUCAUGUCUAAAGCAAACCUUCAAGAUCACAUCAGAAUCCACACUGGAGAGAUGCCUUUCUCGUGCCAUCAGUGUGGAAAGAGCUUCAGAUACAAAAACUGUCUCAACGAUCAUCUGCGCCUCCAUUCUGGAGAAAGAUCAUUUAACUGUGAUCAGUGCAGUAAAACAUUUGUCUUGGCAGCAGGCCUAAAACAACACUUGAAAACUCAUGCAAAUGAGAAGCCUUACUUGUGUUCCAUUUGUGGAAAAAGUCUUACAAGUCUGUAUUGUUUAAAAGAGCACCAGAAAAUACAUACUGGUGUGAGAGCUCAUGGAUGUUCUGAGUGUGGGAAAUCCUUCAUUACAGUUAAUGGCUUGAAAAAGCACCAAAUAAUUCAUACUGGAGAAAGACCUUACACGUGCUCACAUUGUGGGAAGAACUUCAGUCGAUCAGGAACCCUGAAAACACACGAGCGAGUGCAUACUGGAGAGAAACCAUAUCACUGCACUUCAUGUGGGAAAACUUUCAAUCAAUCAUGUAAUCUACAGACUCAUAUGAAAAAGCGUUGCCCAAAAUCACAAUGUGUGCAAAGUUCAUCUUCAGGUCCAACAAGUAAAGUUUUUGAAAUUCAGAUAAACCAAAAUAUGGACUUUCUCCCAACAGAGUGAGCUAAAAUUACCCGUAGUGUUGAUUGCAUUAGAAAAUACUUUGCUGUGAAUUUAUUAAUUUUUGGUGGUGAUGCUUUGUAGAUCAUGUAGAAGAUACCAAGGGUGGUCGUUCUGAUGCUUCUUAGGAAUGUUGUAGAUGUGUUUAUAACUUAUUUAAAGUAGUAACCAGCAUAUUUCAAGUGGGGUGUCUUACAGUGGGGUGUAAGAGUAACUAGUAUUAAACUACAUCAUGAUGUAUCACAAUAUCUCUGAAUAUUGUUUUUAAAUAAUUUCCUCUCAGAUGAAAUGCAUUUAAUGUGUUCAUGUAUAAUAUCUAGUAUUUAUCAUUAAUUUAUUAUUAUUAAUUGCACUGUAUUGUACAAUGUAUUGUCCUGUAUCAAAUUGGGACAAACACACUUGAAAACACUUCUGUAACUACUGUUAGUCUCAAAAAUAACAAAAUACAUUUACUUACCUGACAGCAUGAUAAUUCCAGCUGGGGAUUCACUCCGUUUACACCUCGGCGAGUGUGUACAGCCCAUCAGAUAGCCGUUGGAUCAGUAUCUGCCACUUUCAUUCCUUUAUUCUGAGGGAAUAUCUGUUGAGAUUUGCCAACGACAGCAGGAGCUCAAAUCUGACCAUGUAUUUUAUAACAUACUGUUAACAAUGUAUCUUAAACAAAACACUAACUUUUUAUUUAUUUUUUAAUAACGUUUUUUUUUUGUUAUAUAGCCUACCAUAAGAAGCUAUAACAAAGUGAGAAAUAUGAGCGGACUUGCUUGUCGAUACACCGUCCAAAACUGCUCCUAACGGAAAGUGUACGAGCCGUCAACAGUUGCUAUAAUUACUUCACUGUGCGUGAAAAUACUACAGUCCUGGCUAAAGGCCAUUUCACACCAAAGGAGACACGAUUAUGAGAGGCAAAUCGCAGACGAAUGGCCCUUUCACAUCGAAAGCGACGCAAAUGACCGCCAUUAGCACAUUCACUUCUUUGCAGUAGGUGGCGCCAAUCGACAGGCAGUUUUACCCCGUUACGAUAGGUGGCUCAACGCAGCGAUAUACUGUUAUAUUAGCGAUAUAAGAGAACUCGCAUAAGAUUAAAUGCAAAGGCAAAAAAGGGGAUGCAAGGCAGUGAUACAGCAACAUAAUUUACAUAUUAAGAGAAGCCAUAUGAGAAUAAAAUGUUUCAGUUUUUAAGGCAUUUGAUGCAGAUUAACUACACAGCGUCACAGCUAGUUCAGGAGUUCUUCCAAUAGUUCCUUCAGUGUUUAAUGUCUGUGGUCAAAACAGCUUUCUGUACUUUAGCGCCAUCUGUCAUGCUGGUUUUGGUAACUGCAGCAGCUCGGUCGGGGCGUUUCUUCGCCGGGUGAAGGGAAAAAAGUUGACACUCACUGUCGCUUUGUCGGUGCGCGAAUGUUCGUUCCAGGUGUGAAGGGCUCUUACCACUGGCGCGUAUCGAGCGAAGGUGAGCGAGCAUUUUCAGUUCAUUCCUAUGGAAGUCUAGCGCCAUGCUCUCGAGGUCAGAUCGAUGAUUGCACGCAUUCAUUGUGGCAAUACUGAGGCUGGGUAAGUAAACGUGUAAUAAAUCAACCCUUUACAUUGUGGGCAUUCAAAAAUUAAGCUGGCAUCUUUCCAACUGUAAUUGCGUAUAUAUAAAAUUAUAUUUUUGCUCGUGUACUGAAAACAAUGUUAGACAAUACACACUGGCUUUGCAUAAUACAAACACCCAAAGCGGCAGCUCUUUGGCGUGGUGAGCGUUGUUCAGCAGAGUUUUUCUGUGCCAUUGGAAACAUACGGUUAGAAAUCCAUGGUUUCAGUACAAAACGUUAAUCGCGGCAAUGGUUCGCGUUUGGUGUGAAAAGGCCUUAAUGGUGCGUUCACUUUACGAAAUUACCGUAAUUGCUAGAUUUCGACUUGUAAAAGCGUUCACAUCUUCGUAGAGCUUGUACAAGUUGUAAACUUGAAAAAAUUAAAGCUCCGACCUGGGGCGGAGCUAGGGGGUGGCCAGGGGUGGCUGUGGCCAUCAUGGACCGAACCCCAUUCACAAUUGCCAUUUUGGUCAUUUUUUGUCUUGGGCACAAUUUCGUUUUUUAAAGGUGGAACCAUUUGUGUACAACCGCAACACACAGGAGACUUAACAUGUGCGCACACCAAGGUUGCCGCACCUCUCCGUCCUGGGUGUCACUGUAUCCACUCUCCUCCAUUUUUGUAUCCACACGUCUCUGCUUUCUACACCAACAACUGCCCGAAAAUAUCACGGCCCCUAACCACAUCCUCCACAGUUUUAGCAAUAAAUGCAUUGAGUUGAUAUGCGUUAUUAAUAAAAAUUGUAUAUCCUUUCUUAUAUGCUAAAAUGAGAAC